UGAAUGCAGGGUUACCGCGCCCAUCUCUGCUGUUUGAUGGCCGGAGGAAGAAGCGACUGAGAUCCUGGCGUGAAGGAAGAAACAGAAGGGACGACGACGGUUGGGAAAGACAAGAAGGGACAUUUGCAAUAAGUUGGAAUUUGCGUCGAACCCUUGGAACAAAUAAGCGGGACUUUGACUCGUCUGUCUGGGUGAAAAACGCCUCGUUCCUGCGCCUCUGUGCCGGUGUGUCUCCCCCUUCAGCGGGUUAAAAAACUGGGUUCGGGGAGUGCCGCUCCUCGGAGGCUAAACUUGAUAAAUCUGAGCGCCUGGGCUGAGAGAGGAGAGACAACACUUAACUGUUUCCAGUCAAUGUGAUACAAACAACGGAUACCUUCAACUGAAAGCGGAUCGGCAAGAGUCUAGGCGGCGGAGAGAAGCACACCAUUAGCAGAGGAAAAUGAGUGAACUGGAUCAGCUACGCCAGGAGGCUGAGCAGCUCAAGAACCAGAUCCGAGAUGCCAGGAAAGCGUGUGCAGAUGCUACCCUGUCUCAGAUCACAGCAAACAUUGACCCCGUUGGCCGAAUUCAGAUGCGGACUAGACGGACGCUGAGGGGGCAUUUGGCUAAGAUCUAUGCCAUGCACUGGGGGACUGAUUCAAGGCUUUUGGUCAGCGCCUCCCAGGAUGGCAAACUCAUUAUUUGGGACAGCUACACCACGAACAAGGUCCACGCCAUCCCGCUGCGCUCCUCCUGGGUGAUGACGUGCGCUUAUGCCCCUUCUGGGAACUACGUUGCCUGUGGUGGCCUGGACAACAUCUGCUCCAUCUACAACCUGAAGACCCGUGAAGGAAACGUGCGCGUCAGCCGUGAGCUGGCCGGACACACAGGUUACUUGUCCUGCUGUCGCUUCCUGGAUGACAACCAGAUUGUCACAAGCUCUGGAGACACCACCUGUGCUCUGUGGGACAUUGAAACUGGUCAGCAGACCACUACGUUUGCUGGUCACACCGGUGAUGUGAUGAGCCUCUCGCUGUCGCCGGACAGCAGACUGUUUGUGUCUGGAGCCUGUGAUGCCUCAGCCAAGCUCUGGGACAUCAGAGAAGGAAUGUGCCGGCAGACCUUCACUGGCCACGAGUCAGACAUCAAUGCCAUCUGUUUCUUCCCCAAUGGCAACGCCUUUGCCACGGGCUCAGACGACGCUACCUGCCGGCUGUUUGACCUGCGUGCCGACCAGGAGCUGAUGGUUUACUCACAUGACAACAUCAUCUGCGGCAUCACCUCCGUAGCAUUCUCCAAGAGUGGCCGCUUGCUGCUGGCUGGCUACGACGACUUCAACUGCAACGUCUGGGACACUUUGAAGGGCGACCGCGCAGGUGUCCUGGCCGGUCAUGACAACCGGGUGAGCUGCUUGGGUGUGACCGACGACGGCAUGGCAGUGGCGACAGGGUCCUGGGACAGCUUCCUCAAGAUCUGGAACUAGAGUUUGCAGAUGGCAUCCGGACUCCAAAGUCGAGUGCAAGACCAUUCCAACAUCACAAUGUUCAUUUUUAUUGCAUAUCCAAUCUUUUUUGAAAAACAAAAAACAAAAAAAACAAAAAAACAAGACAAAACACCAUAAUACUGACUCCAAACACCCCCCAAAAACUAUCAAGGGCAAAAAUUCUCUCCUUCUCUCUCCUUCUCAUUUAAAAGAGCACAAUUGUCUGUCACUCAUUCAGCUUAAGGAAAAAAAAAAGAAGAAAGAAAAACACUCAAAAAAAAAAAAGCUUGAGGAAUUUAGUGAUUUCAAAGUGGACUGCUGGGGAAAAAUAUCUCCCAACAAGUAUGGUAGUAAAUGAAAAAUCCGGAAAACCCCGUCCACUGCUCCACCACACGGCAAACGUGUCCUGCAUCCUCAUUAUGCACAGGUCUGAGUGAAGGUUAUUACGUGACAGUGAUCUAACUCUUCAUAGCUUUUUUUUUUUUUUCGACCAUGUUUUAUUUUUGUUCAUUAUUAUACUUUUUUUUUUUUUUUUUUUUGAAGAGAGGUAGAUCAGCGAACUCAGUUUAAUGUUUAAAACGAGGAUCAAAGCUUUGUUUUAUUUCCUAGUCUUUACACGUUUUUAGAGAAUGUUGUUUAUAGGCGGAGAAGCAAACCAACCUCCAGACGGCGCCAUCGUUAAGUCCAGCUUUACCCCACUGGAGAACAAAAGUGAGAGUAUUCAGCUUCAACAAGGAGUCCUCAAGCCACAUCUCACCCUUCUGUAUAUUUAGCUCCAUGAUACUUUAAUGGGUUUUUUUCUCUUUUUUUUUUUUUUUCUCUCUUUCUUUUUUUCCAGUGUAGUCCACAGAUCUUUGUUUGCACAAAAAUUAAACGUUGCAUAUAUAGGAUAAUGUCUAAAGAAAAAAAAAACGUUAACUAACCAAGCACAUGCUGUUUAUGAUAAUGAAUGCUUGUUUUUAAAAUGUAAUAAAAAGGAAAAAAAAUUACAAAAAAAACCAAAACAUUUUAACCAUUCUUACACCUUUCUGUCUGGCAACAGUGUAGAAUAAUUAAAUGAAGAUUAACCCAUCAGAUCAUAAUCCACCCUGCCCCCCCUUCUCUUUCUUUUUUUAAUUUUUCUUUUUCUUUCCUUUCUUUCCCCUCCUCUUUUAGUUUAGUUCUCCCUGGUUCGUGUUGCCCGUGGUCGGGACCGGUGAUGUGAUUCGGUUGUGUAGGGACGACCUCCACUUUUAGCCUGGUUGCAAUCUGGACGUUUCUUUUUAACAGAGGUGCCCAUUCCGUGCUUGGAAAUGCAGUUACUACUCUGUGAAUGACAUGUUGUAUAAAUCAAUGUUUGAAAAUAAUGAUAUUGAAACUUUUUAAGUUAAAAACAAGAAAAAAAAAAGAUUUUGGUUGUCUGCCAUGGGUGGGUUAUCUCUUAGAAUCGCAUGCUGUAGAAUUGCUUAAAAGGUGCAUAUGGAAUUAAGUCCUUUUGAUGUUUUUCUUUAAGAAAAUAACCUGUUGAAUAUAUCAAUACAAUGGUAUUUAUAUUUUUCUUUCUAUUUUUCUUUUUUUUUUGUUUCGUUUUUUGCUACUCUGUGCAUACAUGAUUCAACUGAAAUGUCAAAGCUAUGCACUUGAGAAGCAAGCCCUGCAACAUAAACGGUUACUCGGUCCAUUCUUGGGAGGGAUUCCACAAAUUUUAGAAGUACCAUAAAUGCUUAAAAUGUACACAAACACACACACGCACGCGCACACACAUUCAUUCACCUUAACACGUACAGUCCAAACGGAACAAAUAAAUUUUUCAUUCCUUCUGUAGCAAAACAAAAUUCCAUUUACAGAAACAUUUUAUAACUUUUUUUUUUUGUUUUUGUUUUGACCUUCUAUAGAAAACGAGAGAAAAAAAAAAUCUUGCAGCAUUUGAAUGGCAGAACUUUCUGUUAUUCCCUUCUUGUAAACAAUACGCUUUUUCUUUAGCAGUAGUAACUUUAUUUUCCGAUCUGUUUUUUUUUUUUUUUUUCUUUCUCUUUGCGACAUUCUGUACAAAAAAAAAAUGUGCUGUAAUUGUGCGUUAGGCCUGGAGUUGGCAAAAAAAAAUAAAACAAAUAAAAAAUAUUAAAAAUUAAUUAAAUUCCUUUUUCCUUUUCUCUUCAUCAAAUAACUGUAGAGCUCUGCACCCCUUCCCCACUGCCCCUCCCUUUCACCUUUUGUAUUUAAUUUUAAAGUCAGUCAGUGUACAACCGAAAGCUGGAUGCAAGAUAGAAACUAUAUUAAAAUGUACUGUUAUUUAAGAUGUAAUAAAAAGCAGUUUGAGAUGACCUAUUGUGUUGAGUGUGAUUCACUUAGAGCGAUUCCCACUGAAGCUAGAAUGUUGCAGACUGUUUGGUUUCCUUGUAAUUAUGUUUUAAGUCAAAUAAAACUAUUUCUUAUCCAC